AUAUUAAUGACAGUUUAUAUGUAUGUAGUAUGUAUACAUCAUGUACAUAUCGACCAAUAAUAAGAUGUGCAGAUAAUACAGCUGCGAUAAGCGACCAAUCAUUUACAAAAUGAUUGUUAGUUUGUUAUAUCACUUAUAUUGUAAAGUAUACCAAGUUACGAAUGAAUAUAACGCAAUGUGCUUCUGAUAGAAGACGGUCAUGUUCAAUAUGGCUCGAAGUGACAUAAAAGAGAGACUCGAAGCUUAUAGACGUCGUAAACGAAGGGAAGAAAUGAUAGAGUUUAUUAAGAAUGUGAUAAAAACUGUCCUACCGUGGAAUGGAAAUAAAUCAGUUGAAGAUUCUUCAGUGGCAGCACCGUUAAAAUCCGAUAUCAAGGAUGACCAGGAUGCGGAAAGUACCUGUUCAGAUGACAGUGUAGACCAAUCACAAUGUACAAUGCUAAGAAUAGUGAUAUAUCUACUGUAUUUUCUUUUAUGGGGUACCUUGUAUAUAAUUGCCAUUCAAUAUGAAUUUGGAGCAGUAUAUUUUAUUUUGUCUACAUUAAUAUUUAUUUGUCUAAAUACUCGAUCUAAACCAAAAAAAUCAGGUGAACUUAGUGCCUAUUCUGUAUUUAAUCCAAACUGCAAAGCUAUCGAAGGAACACUUGAUGCUUCUCAAUUUGAGAGAGAAAUAAGAUAUGGUAUAGGAAACAUACAUUAAUUUAAAGUUGUAGAACAUUUAAAUUGAUCUAAUUUAUCACAGGUAAAAAAUAAUACAUAUUUUGUACUCACUUGUAUGUAUAUAAAUGUUUGUGUCUGUAUAAUUCAUAAUGAUAUGCAAAUGAAAAAUAGGAACUCCAAAAUAAAAAAUUAAGCUAAGUAUAUGAUAAAAGUGUCAAAAAACAUCAAUGAUAAUUAUUAAAUGUUACCACAGAAUUUCAAAAGACAAUUCCAUAUCUAACGUUUUGUACUUUUAUAUUUUUUCUAUCGAUCUUGUAAAAGUUGUAUAGCAUUUUCAUAACACUUUACCACUUCGUUCAUGUACAUUAUGAUUUUGUUUGAAGGCUCAUGACUCAAUCUAAAAAAUUUUGACCAAUCAGUUCUGGAUUGGUUUUGCUUAUCAGGACAUAGAAGAAUUCUAUCCAAAUCCAUCAGUAAAUCAUUUAGUAUCCUUGUGUCAAGUGUGCUGUAACAAAAAAAGUAUAGAUUCUCUAGAUUUCUGAAAUGUUGUAAUUUGUAGCAUGUAAAUAUAAGAAUUUUAUGUAGCUUGUAAAAAUUACAUACUUGAUGUUGUCAACUGUA